UAGGCGCGGAAGAAAAGGGAAGAUAGAGGAAAUGGUAAUGCUCUUCUUAGCCCUCUUUCUCUCUUUCAACUCUUCUAUCCUCACCUCUUUCUCCGCUCCCAAUCCGCCGAACCCUUCGCCAUCCAACCCCUCGUCCCCCUCCUCCAUUACGUUUCUAAAGGAAGUUCUUCACGCAGUUGCAGCACAGGAGUGGGAUCCGGAGGCGAAUCCCAGGGUCUCGGCAGUGGAUAUCGAUAGCGUUAGGGUUAGGGCGAUCCAGAGCUUCGAAUUCCAUGUGCGCGUUGGUGGGGCGAAGCUGAUCAUGAAGUUCUCCGAGGAGACUGAAGCGUGGAGGAAGGCGGAUAAGGGGGAGGUGGAGUUAGGGCUGGAUUUGGUGGUAUUCGAUGUUGGGUACAAGCAGGGGAUCGAAGCGUUGAGUCUAGAAGGGCCGCUUGAGUUGCUUGCCUAUGGUGAUGAUGACGAACUCUCGGUUCAUCUUCCCUCCCUGAACAUCACUCAUCAAGGUCUAAAACGGGUGCAUGUUGGCAGAGGCAUCGCCUUCAAAUUGUAUAAUUUUGAUGAAGUCUCCAUAUUUUACCCAUAUGAUAUUGGUUCCUUACUGAAUGAAAGCGCAAGCAAACACAACCAGUUCUGGGCUCACUUUUGGCCCUUUGGCCUCUCCACCUGCACUCCAUUGGUUUCUCUCACAGUUGCAGGUCCUGCUUCACUGGUAGCCUUCAGUGUUCCUGAUGCAAAAGCUCAUGUGGAAACCUCAUUCCCAUCCCAUAAUUCAAUUAAAUUGCUUCCAAAUAAGUGUUUCAGCAACGAUCCUUAUGAACAUGUUCGCUCGUUCGCCUCCCAUACUCUCACCUCGAAAUUGGCAGCCAUAGACAGGUUGCUCGACAGUUUUUUCAGUAAAAGCAUAUUGGACGAUGGAUCCUUACGACUCAUAAAAACCAAAAUCACUUCGUCGAAACUACUGAAGUUUCGAGUUGAAGUGGAGAGGAAUGUCACGAAGAAUGAUAGGAGCUGGAGCAAAGUUGCCGAGUGGCGAACCAGGCCAACUGUUGAAAGGUCUUGGAUUGAGAUAGUCGGCAGAUUCGAUGGCGACGGUGGCGGCCUGAAGCCGGUUAUCGUAAAGAUGCUAUCCAGGCCUCUGAUGAUAGUUGAAUCUACUGCUUGGAGCCAUCUGAUGUCGAAUAUAUCGUUUGCGGAGUUUCCGUCUAUCGUAGUGCCUCCCGAGGCAUUAACAUUGGAUAUCAAAUGGUAAGAAGUGUCAUGCACUUGUGCUGCUUGUAUUCCUUUUGUUAAUUGCUAGUCCAAUUUAGUUAAGGUUUGAGAGAGUGGAUACCUGUUUAUUUAUUGUACAGAAGUACGAGAUAUAAAUUUGGUCACUUUUAUACUUAGAAAUGGGGAAUAAUGGAUAUCAUGGACGGCUUGUUUGGGGCAGCUUAUAAGUGCGGGCGUACUUUUCAAAAUGACGACUCACCGUUUGGAAAACAUGUUUUGGCAGCUUAUCCGAAAACGCGGUUGGCUUUUUACACUAAAAGCAGACCGCGGGUCGAAUCCUGCGGGCCGCGUUUCAGAAUAAGCUGCUUAUCUGGAUAAACACAAGCUGACUCAA